AGCCUACACUCCACUCGGGUCGGUUCAGUCUGUAGGAAUUUUUCAGUUUGAGCGGUUGUGGUCGGAGUACAUGUAGCGGGUGUUGCAAGUGAAAACAAGCAACAGCUCUGAAUUCUAAAGAAAUUAAAAACGGAACUGCAUUCGAUUUGAAUCCAAUUUUUUCUGUUGGCCAAAAUCAAAGAAAAGAAAAAGUGGUAUCAGUGAAAAAAAUAAAAACAAAUUCCCAUCAAAUUUAUUGCUAUGGCUCUAUGAAAAUUGCACAGCGAAGAAGAAACUUCCCAAAUAUUGCAUUAAAAUGAAACAGCUACUCAUUUGUGAAACACAGUGACAUUUUAAAGUGACGUGAAGAGAACGACAAGAAGCGCUAUCUCCCUGAGGCGGAGAGAAUUCUAUUUGAACGAAAGUUACAAGGAAUUGGCAGCAGCAACAUCUGUAGUCAGAGUUAUAAAGGAUUUUGCAAAGCAUCAGCAGCGUUGACGCUAUGGCAACAGUAAUACCACCGACCUCAAAUGUUGAGGCCGCAUAUGAAGACAUGUUUAAAGAAAUCACAAGAAAGUUAUAUGGAGAAGAGACCGGAAAUGGCUUGCAUACAUUAGGCACCCCGGUAGCACAGGUGGCGACCACAGGACCCACAGCGGCACCAGAAGGCGAACAGAGAUCAUUUACAAAUUUGCAAAUCGAUCGUUCGACUCAGCCAACCAUUGAGUAUGAACAUAAUACAAGUAAUGUUGUUGGUACAACAACAGCAGGCUCGACAACAUCAGCAGCAGCUGCUUCUGCGGCAGCUGUCAUUGCGGCCGCCACAAGUCAGCAGAAUGCCACAAAUGUGGUGAUUCAGCAACAACCUGAGGGCUCUGUCGUCGUUACCACAACGACAAGUGCAGGUGGCAAUUUCAAAUCCGAAGAUCACCUGAGUACGGCAUUCGGUUUGGCAGCAUUGAUGCAGCAGAACGGAUUCGCAACAACCACCGGUACAAUUUUGAGCAGCCAAGCCAUAAAUAAGGUCAUAACCACGGCAGCUGGUAGUCAACAAGCUCAGCAGCAACAACAACAACAACAAAUGUCAGGAGGAGAUCAGCAGCAACAAGUUUGGAGCGAGGGGGUCCAAGACCAACAACAGCAACAACAAUCUCAAGCAACGCCUACCACCCAAAUCGUUCAAUGGACUACAACUCCUAGUGGCAAACUUCAAAGCUAUUCUACCACCACUGCGCAACCACAAACUCAGCAGCAGCAACAACAACAACAAUCGCAACAACAGGUCUCAACUCCCAAGUCCAAAAACAAAAACCGCAAUGAUCAAGGGUCAUCACCAUCCACCGGCACGGCUGAAGUAAUCUAUACUAGUCCCACAGCGACAGGUAACAACAUAAGUCAACAGCAAACACCUCAAAGCAGUGCAAACACUUCUAGUUCAUCGACCACCUCCACAAGUUCUUCGGGUGGCAGCUCUGGCGGCAGCAGUAGUCGCAAAAAGUCUCAUCAUAACCAAAACAGUCAAAAUACAAACAAUAGCAAUGGCCAAUCCCAGGUGCAGAAGCGCUACGCCUGCACACAUUGUCCGUACUCAACGGACCGCCGAGAUUUGUACACACGCCACGAAAACAUCCACAAGGAUGAGAAGCCAUUCCAAUGCUACGCUUGCCUCAAGCAAUUUAAUCGUGCCGAUCAUGUCAAGAAACACUUCCUACGAAUGCACCGCGAAAUGCAAUAUGACAUUAACAAGACGCGACGUCAUGUGCCGUCGAGCAAUUCGAGCGGUGGCCAUCACCAUGGCGGCGGCCGAAGCAAUGUCACCAUCACAGCGGUAAAUACUAGCCCCAGUAAUUUACAUAAUGACGGCAAUGCCAUUGAACAAAAACCUAUAAUCUUCCAGACACAGGCGAAUGUCAAUUUGGAACAAGCCUUCUUGGAACAACAGCGCCAGCCCACAUCGUCAAGUCUGAGUAUAGCAGAGACCAUUGAAGCGGUGGCCACAGCUACUGAUGUGCCCUUGCCCCAGCUGAAACAGGAGAAAAACGAUGAUGGGACCUUGGUGGGAGGCCAGACAGCCAGCGUGAAGCCAAAGAGGGAGAAACGUUUCACCUGCUGCUACUGUCCUUGGUCUGGUGCCGAUAAGUGGGGCUUGAAAAGGCAUUUGAAUACACACACAAAACCGUUUGUCUGUCUCCUGUGCGAUUACAAGGCAGCCAGAUCGGAGCGUUUGGCCACGCAUGUUUUGAAGGUGCACAACAAGAGGGCGUGUAACAAAUGCUCAUUUUUGGGAGACUCUUUGGAGGAAUACCAGCAACAUUUGAAUGAAGUGCACCCAACAGCACCAUCGUCGCGUAGCACAAACUCUUCAAACAAUACCAAUAACACGACUACUAACAACAACUCAUCCAAUAAUCUGAAUGUGUUGCGUACUAUUGGGAAUACUUUAGGAAAUAACAACCAACUAAAUCAAUUUCAGAAUAAUAACUUUAGUGUCAACAACGUCUCGACGACAGCAAAUGGCAAUUCGGUUACGAUCUAUACCACCACAACCGAUAACCAGGGUGGUAACAUAACGGCAGGAGGACCCCUACAGGAGAUAAUUGUAAAUCCCACAUCGAUGGUGGGCUGGCGUCUAAGUGCUAAUGGAUCGCUCAUACCACCUCAUGAUCUGCUAACAGGAGGCCUGCCAAAUGCAGCAACUCAAAAAAGGGGUUCUGAUCGGUUAUUCCAGUAUCUUGAAGCGGAUGGAAGUGAUCCAGAAGACUAUGCGCGUCUCUUGAAAAUGGACGCUAUUAGUCGCAACACAGCUUCUGUCGCUCAGGAUUUUCAUAAGGCGGGAGGCGUGCAAGAGUUGAAACUACCAGCCAAUCAUCAACUCCUGUUUAAUAAUAAACUGCCCUCACAGUGGACGACUAAAGAAGCUGCUGCGUUGUUGCAAAGCCUGAGCAAUGCCAACAACCUGAGCUAUGUCUAUCAGCAGCAACAGCGAUCCAAGCAUGCACAUCAUCAGAAUGGAUUUAUGCGCCAACGACAACAUUCCAAUGGCGAUGACAGCGAAAAUACACCAUCAACGGAUACAUCGACAACGAGCUUGAGCGAUGACUUGUCGCCUUUGAAGAUGGAACAGUCGAGAGCAUCUGUCGAGCAAAGAAAAAUUAUUUCGUCGGCAUUCUUACAGGAUUCGCUAUCGAAUUCUUCGGAACAUCAUGGUCUAGACAGCAGCAGUAGCAGCAGCAACAACAACAUCAGUCAUCACUAUCAUGAUGACCAAGAGAAUCAAGAGCAGCUUAUUAGAUCGUCUCCCGCAUACAAAACCAAUAAUUAUUAUAUGAACAACAACAACAAUAAUAAUAAUAUUAACAACAAGAACAACAACAAUAAUAAUAUAAAUAAAAUAAAGUCGUCCAACAAAAGUAGCAACAGCGCUAACAGCAACACAAUGAUUAACAACAACAUUCAGCAGCAGCAUCGUGUCGAUCUGCACAACAAAGAAAACAAUAGCAACGCAACAUUCCUUACCCAAAUGGAGUUCCAGAAUCUCAAUAAAAUUGGCACACAAUUCCAGAACUAUGUCAAAGACAUUAUAAGCAAAUACUAUGCGGCGGACACGCCAGUCAUGUUCCCUAAUAUGCCCAUUCCAACGGCCACCGCCCAACAGAGUCAACAACGUCUGGUCACCCAUAUAUCUCCAAAACGUAAGCGCCUAUUGAGUGAAACGGAGGAGUAUAUAGAGUACUUAAAAAACAAAGAGGACAUCACCUUGACCAUAACGCCUAAGCUAGCGGACAGCAAUAGUCAACUACAACAACAGUCACCAACGCCACAGUACACUAAACCACCUUUAUCGCCCUUGAAGAGGGAACGUGAUCUAGCUUCAGAUUCUUACAGACGACAUUCACCCAAAAAAACCAUUAUAAUCACCUCCACUCCACAAGCAUCGAAUCAAAAGUCAUGCAAGAAAUCCAUAUCGCAACUGGCCACCCUGUUGCCAUUGCUGGCCGAUGCAGCUUCACAGCAGCAGUAUUUAACAGCGCCCUUAGAUUUUAGUAAGAAAUCGUCGGAGCCAACUAUUCCCCAUAUCAAGCAGGAAUCGGAUGCUAAGCCAACAGGGCAGGCUUUUUUAAACAUCAUUAAUGAUGCGCCAGCCAUUAAAGAGGAACCUCAGAAUCCAAACGAAUCGCAAACUCCACAAAUAGCCUACGCCGACGUCCCACCACCAGCGUCAGCCACAACACCCCCGUUGCAUUGUUCUUACUUGGACAAACGCUCUUCACGCAAACAGGCACAGCCCAAGAAAAUGCGCCUCUCACCUGAUUUGGUAGUGGCUGCACUUCGGGAUAAGUACCUUAAUCGCAUGGUCGACCGCAUGAACAAGCUCAGCUGUGCAGAUUGUGUUAAAAUGAAAAGAACAUCCAUGUUGGUCUUUAAUUACCACACGAAGGCCUCACUAUGCCUGCAUCGUCUCUGGAAGCAUGCGGAAAAGCCAAUUAAGUGUAAAAUGUGUGGCGACAAGUUUAGGAAGAAAUUUAGUUUAAUUUUGCACACGAUGCGGAUGCAUGAGAAGGCCACGGUUUGUUCUAACAGAAAGGGUUUCGACCAUUAAAUGGUUUUAUGUGUUUCGUAGUCCUUUCACUCUUUUGCAAAGACAUUUUCCAGCUUUCCAAAACGUAUCAUGAAGGUAAAAUGUUGAUUGUUAUGGAUGCCGUGGUCUUAGAUUUCAGUUUCCCUACACAAACUACCGGAUCAAAUCUACAUCAGUUGAUCAGAACACCUUGUCGAUGGGCCCAAAAAAGUACAAAAGUUGGGUUUUUUUUUGGAAUCGUUUUAAAGAGUAAAUCCGAUCUUAAUAUAACUUAAACUAUUUGUAUGUAUAAGACAUUAAGUGUCGAAUUGGGCCGCAAUGAAAAGAAUCCAAGAUGAAACAUGAUUUCGUUUAUAGCAUUGAGCAACAGCGGAAAUGCCUAAGCAAAUCAUCCCCACUAGGGCCCCAAGAAACACAUAUUACCGCAUUUCCACAUUUUAGACCACUUGGUAACCAAAAGUUUCUCAUAUGAGAACUUCUAUGCAUUUCCUGUAUAUAUUUAUUUUCUUUUAUUGAAAUAAUUGAUUGUAUUCGUAUUUUUUUAGUACAUUUGCCUAAGUUUGUUUUCGAAAUCAAUGAAAUGUGAAUUGAAAUUUGAAUUUAUUUUCAAAAUCACAAAAAUAAAAUUAUUUAUUGAACUCAGUUAUUUUAAUAUUAUCCCCUUAAUCAUUUAACAUUAUUAAUCACUGCUUCAUCGAAUUGAAAUCAUUUGCCUGCCUUAAUGUCACAAAUAAUAUUCAAUAAAUACAAUUCAUAAAAAAUUUGGCCCAGCAAUGGGGGGAGGUAUAAUGAGAUAUGGAAAGUUUGAUAAGUUGGAAUCUCUACCUCUCCACGCUUUUGUUUGAUUGUUGCAGAAUUGAUAUGUAGUGACUAGUCGAUGUAUGUCAUCAUACUUCGCACACCUUUAACGGGGAUUUCAAAAGCAUUUAAGUUACGUUUUAAGUUGUGAUGUACCUGAAAUAUGAUUUCGUCUAAAAUAAAAAUAUUUACUGUAUUGAAAAAUUCACUAGUUAUAAAACCCCCUGUCUAAUUUAACUCGCAUUGUUUUUCUUAAGCAUUAGUUUGUAAGCGUCAGUAUUUGAUUUGCCAUUUUCACGAUUUAGUAUAAGCUAUUAUUGCGAUCGUUUGUCAGCCUUAUGUCGUUUCGUAUUUUUGAUCAUUUAAAGCUUUAAUUUUUUUUUUUCGAAUAGGUUCUAAGUUGAAUUAUGAUUUAUUAAGAUACAACAGUUAGCACGUUCGAAACCACCUGCACAUGAAAUAAGAGUAUUUGGGGCUAGCUUUUUUCUGCACCACUUAUCCGUCACAAAGUAAAUGUGGCAUAAUCAUUUUCUCCUGUCCCAAAUUUGGUGGUAGCAACUGUCAAACGCCCUUCGCACACCACACCAAACAAUGACAUUCAUCAAUCACAAAGACAUUUAUGGUAUAAACUAAGGAACAAAACGUUUUAAUGACUGAAUGGAAAAUUAAAAAUAUAUAUGUAACUUAAAAAUGCAAAAUUGCGUAAUAUUUUUUUAUUUUUAGUAUAAAGAAAAUUAUAUUUAUGUAUGAAGGUUUGAAGUGUUAAAAUAUAUAAAUUAAUAACGAAAAUACAAAGACCGAACAAAUUUUGGUAUACAAAAUUUCUACAAAAAUCUAAACAUUAUUGACUUUUAGGCAAAAUCAGAAAAACAAAACUAAAUUAAAAACAAAAACUUAUUUGUUCCCUUUGGCAUAGAAUGAAUAAGAAGAAGAAAAUAGUUUAUAAAAAUAUCUAUAUAUAUUUUUUUUAAUUUUAGAAAAAUGUCGUCGGUUCUUACGUAUGCCAAGAAAUACAUGCAAAAUAUUUGUACUUUUAAUGUCCUUUUUUUUAAUUUUAUGUUGAAAUACUCAUAUACAACAAGAAAACCAACAAACGCAUAUUUCUCAUAAAAUACGAAAAAUCAAUAAAAAUAGUUAAAAAACAA